AUGAUGAACAAGAAACGAAAGAGGAACACUAUCAAUAGUUACCAACUAACAGAAUAUGAAAAUUUCAUUAAAUUUCAACAAUUGGUGCGAGCUUAUUCAUCAGAAGAACAUGCAAAGUCUGCUCCUAUGUUUUAUGGUCUCAAUGCGUCGCCGCUUGGUUUAUGUGCAUUUGCAUUAACAACAUUUGUUGUAUCAAUGUACCUGGCCGGUGCUACAGUGCCAGUUGGUGCGUCUAUGGGCGUCGUUAUGGGUGCUGCUUUGUUCUAUGGUGGAGUAGUUCAGAUCUUAGGUGGCUAUCUCGAAUAUCGUGAAGGAAAUAAUUUUGGAGCUCUUACAUUUUGCUCUUAUGGAGCAUUUUGGCUUAGUUUCGCAUCACUUGAUGUUGCAGCUUUCAAUUUUCUAGUUGGAUACAAAGAUCCAGAGGUUCUCAGCAAUGCAUUUGGAGUUUUCUUUCUUGGAUGGACAAUUUUUACUGCGUUAAUGUUUCUUUCCUCUCUGCGUACCAAUUUAGUGACAAGCCAUCAGAAUUUACAACGAGCCUCUGGAGCAUUCGGUAUUCUUACUGCAUCAUUGGCUUGGUAUUCAGGUUUUUCACAAUUACUUAACAAGAGCAAUUGGUUUUUUAAAUGGCCUUUAUUUGCAAUAAGACAUCGACCAGCCACGGACGCUGAAAAACUUUUAGAACCAGCGUAG